AUGGAAUACCAGGUUUCAUCAAGGUUUUUCCACUUUUACGUACAGUGGGAUCCAAUUGGUUUGGAACCCAUAACUAAAGACAAGGUGUUCGACGUUGAUAAAGGAAAUCUUGGGGUGCCACAGUUACCUGGACAAGGGUGUUCAUUUCACAGUUUUCGUUCAAAUACUUACCAAGUUAGUUUCAUGGAGAGUCCAUCUGGCAUAAAGAUCAUUCUGGUUACUCAUCCUAGGACCGGUGAUCUUAGAGAAGCUUUGAUGUACAUUUACAACUUGUAUGUUGAAUAUGUUAUGAAGAAUCCAUUGUAUACUCCAGGAACUCCCAUCAGAUGUGAGCUAUUCAAUACAACUCUUGAUCAGUACGUGAGAGGACUUGGAUAG